AUGCGGUCAAAACCCCAUACCCAAGAUUUGAUUCCAAUACCUGAAAGCAGGGGUAAACAACCUUUGGUUCAUUACUCUUGUGACAUGAAUAAGACAUUAGUGAAUACUGUAGUUCACGCGCACACAUUAAAUUUUCGCGGGAAGGGUUUUGGUGAUUUCUUGAAGCACUGUAUAAAAUAUGUGCUCAAGAGUUUCCUAACGUUAAUAUCUCAAACACGAUUUCUACACGUCUCUUGA